GAUCAGAGGAGGCCUGCGCGCAAGAUGAAGAAAAUGGCAGUGGUCGUGGGUUCCGUUGCGACCCUGGCGGUGGAGCCUGGGGAGGACGCCUUUCGGAAGCUUUUCCGCUUCUACCGACAAAGCCGUCCCGGGACCGCAGACCUGGGAGGGGUCAUUGACUUCUCGGAGACCCACGCAGCCCGCGGCACGGCGCCUGAUGCCCACAAGGUGGUCAGAUCUCAGCUAAGUGUGUCUGCAGUCAGUGACCGUGAUGCCUAUAGAGCAGGACUUCAGCCAGUCAGCAAGUGGCGAGCCUAUGGACUUGAAGGCUAUCCUGGAUUUAUUUUUAUACCAAACCCCUUUCUCCCCGGUUACCAGUGGCACUGGGUGAAGCAGUGCCUUAAGUUAUAUUCUCAGAAACCGAAUGUGUGUAACCUGGACAAACACAUGACUGAAGAAGAAACUCAAGAUCUCUGGGAACAGAGCAAAGAGUUUCUGAGGUGUAAGGAAGUGAAUAAACGGAGACCCCGAAGUUUACUAGAGAAACUGCGCUGGGUGACCCUAGGCUACCAUUAUAACUGGGAUAGUAAGAAAUACUCAGCAGAUCAUUAUACACCUUUCCCUUCUGACCUGGCUUUCCUCUCAGAGCAAGUAGCUGCAGCCUGUGGAUUUCAGAGUUUCCGAGCCGAAGCAGGUAUCCUGAAUUACUACCGAUUGGACUCCACACUGGGAAUUCAUGUAGACAAAUCUGAACUAGAUUACUCCAAACCCCUGUUGUCAUUCAGUUUCGGCCAAUCGGCCAUCUUUCUCUUGGGUGGCCUCAAAAGAGAUGAAGCUCCAACAGCCAUGUUCAUGCACAGUGGUGACAUAAUGGUAAUGUCAGGUUUCAGCCGUCUGCUGAACCAUGCAGUUCCAAAGGUUCUUCCAAGCCCCUGGGGGGAAAGCCUGCCUUGCUGCCUAGAGACACCUCUACCAGCUGACCUUCCCAGAGACUCAGUGGCAGAGCCCUGUUCAGUGGAGGACUGGCAGGUGUGCACCAGCUACUUGAAAACUGCUCGUGUUAACAUGACCGUCCGACAGGUACUGGCCACAGACCAGGAAUUCCCUCUGGAACCUGUGGAGGAGAAUAAAAGAGACGCCAGUACAGAAGGUUUCUGCCAUCUGGAUGAUGAGAAGAGCCAAGUAAAACGAGCUAGGUUAACCCCUGACAGCUGAGACUAGGAGAACCAGUUCUUUUACUCAAGCAGGUCUUACAGUAAACGACCAUUAUGUUUUGUAUUGCCGUAGACUUUAGCACCAAGACAAGCCAAAAACAGGCAGGGAAAAUCAUCAUUGAUCACACUGUUGCCUUGGAACCCAUCCUGAGGAGUAAACUGAUUGACCAGUUUGUUCAGGGAAGUGUUUGAUAUGGUCCAGUCCUAGGUAGGUGUUGGCACCAAUGGGAGAAGUCCAAGGAAGUAUGACCUUCCACAACUGCCUUCUCAGCCUCAGCCAUUACCUCUGAAGGAAGUAGAAGUGAGUUGCCGUAUCUAUGGAGUCUUUAAAUACCUCAAAUUUUAUUAAUGGGAAACAUUAUAUAAUACUCUCCCACCACCCCGUCUAGUGAUCUGUGGUAAAAUUGUGGUUCCAUGAACCAACCGUGAGUCUCUCACCUUCGUAAAUCUUCCAGUCAACAUCAGAUUCUGUGAUCUUCUCUUCCAUCUUUUCUGGCCUUGCUAGAGGACUUCUGCACACAUUCAGACAGUGGGACUGGAAGUGCCAUACCCUGGAAGAGAAGUUACAGCUUUCUCAGCUAAAAGGUAAAUCUGUGUAAACGCGAGGAAAGGGGAGCAGUGGAUUCGCCAGAUGUCUCUCGGUCUCUAACAUCUUCUUCCUCUUGGCUUUUUAGUGCAAUAUUAAUUUUAAGUCCCAAGGGUGUUAUAUAACUGUUUUCUCCAUGAAUAAACUUAAUCUAUUUUAAAUUAAA